AUGACGCCGCUACAGGUCGUGGCAGCCCAUGGAACGGCCAUGCGGUUUUCCAACGGCCAUGAGGUGGAAGACACCACAGGCGGGGCCUCGGUCGCCUGCCUGGGACAUGGCAACAAAAGAGUGCGGCAGGCAAUGAUUGAUCAAAUGGACAAGUUCUCAUACUGCAACUCCAUGUUUUUCGGCCAUCAAGUCGGAGAAGAUCUUGCCACGGAGUUGAUCAACGGGACUGGCAACGCAAUGGCCAAGGCGUACAUUGUGUCAUCUGGGUCCGAGGCCAUGGAUGCAGCUAUGAAAAUGGCAAGACAAUACUAUAUGGAACUGAGCCCCAAACAGCCGAAGCGUAUCAACUUCAUUGCGCGCGAGGGCUCUUAUCACGGCACCACGCUCGGCGGACUGUCAAUGAGCGGGCAUGUUGCCAGACGAAGCUUGUUCCUAGAUAUGCUACUACAAAACGUGCAUCGGGUAUCCGCAUGCAAUGCCUACAGAGGCAUGAAGCCGGGCCAGACCGCGGAGGAGUAUGUGGAGCAGUUGGCGGACGAGCUGGACAAGAAGUUCCAGCAACUUGGUCCGGACACAGUCUGCGCAUUCGUUGCUGAGCCCGUUGUUGGAGCGGCACUAGGAUGCGUCCCCGCCGUGCCUGGCUACUUCAAGGCCAUGAGGCGGGUGUGCGACAAAUACGGCGCCCUGCUGAUUUUGGAUGAAGUCAUGUCUGGCAUGGGCCGUUGCGGAUCAUUGCAUGUAUGGCAGCAGGAGGGCGUGGUGCCUGACAUACAGACAAUGGCAAAAGGACUGGGGGGGGGAUAUGCUCCAGUGGCCGGGAUGAUGAUCAACCAUCGCGUCGCAGAUGCUCUCACGGCCGGGACCGGGGCUUUCAUGCACGGGCACACAUACCAGGGCCACCCAGUCGCUUGUGCUGCCGCCUUGGAGGUGCAGCGUAUCGUCCGCGAAGACAAUCUUGUAGAAAACGUGAAGCAAACUGGAAAGGUGCUCGGAAGUCUUUUACAUCAGGAACUGGACAGCCAUCCGAAUGUCGGCAACGUACGAGGCAAAGGGCUCUUUUGGGGUUUCAAGAUUGAGUUUGUGCGUGACAAGGAAACCAAGACCCCUUUUCCAGUGACGGCUGGUAUUGCGAAUGCAGUGCACACGACGGGUCUGAUGGAUGUGGGAAUUAUGUUGUAUCCGGGCAUGGGCACGAUGGAUGGCGUUCAUGGUGACCACGUGCUGGUCUCGCCGGCGUACACGAGCACCGCCGAGGAUAUUGGUGGUAUCGUGAAGAAGAUUAAGGAAACGGUCGAUAGGACAUUCGCUGGGAUGUGA